UAUGUUUGUGUGAAAUCUUUUGUUUUAGGGAAUAUAAUAAAGGUUUUGAUCAUUACCACUGUUGCGCUUCUACUAGCAUCAUUUUUCUGCUUCAUCGUUUGGCUUGGACUGGUCAAAAGGCACAUAAAAGGUUUGUUAAGGAAAUGCAACUGUACUCACAAAUCUCUUAGGCUAUUCAGAUUCAUAUAUACUUUACAUCAGCAUUACCUGAAAGGAUUAGAUAAACUCUGCCUUUUGAAUUUAGGUAAACUGAGCUCACAGGAAGAUGAAGAACUGGUCUGGGGAAUAGGAAGGAGUCCGGAGUUCAAGCUUUUUGAUUUUUCAGAAGUAUCAAAUGCUACAAAUAACUUCUCAGAUGAAAAUAAAUUGGGGCAAGGUGGCUUUGGUCCAGUAUACAAGGGCCAGCUUCCAGAAGGUUUGGAGAUAGCAAUUAAGAGACUUGCUUCACAUUCUGGGCAAGGUUUCACAGAGUUCAAAAAUGAAGUCCAACUCAUAGCCAAGCUCCAGCACACAAAUCUGGUUAGACUGUUGGGAUGUUGCUCACAAGGGGAGGAAAAAAUAUUGAUCUAUGAAUAUUUGCCAAAUAAAAGCUUGGACUCCUUUAUCUUUGAUGAAACUAAAAGAGCUUUACUGAACUGGAAUAAACGAAAAGCAAUUAUCGAAGGAAUAGCGCAAGGACUUCUAUAUUUGCAUAAACACUCCCGGUUACGUGUCAUACAUAGAGAUCUUAAAGCAAGUAACAUUCUUUUGGACAGUGAGAUGAAUCCUAAAAUAUCAGAUUUUGGGCUUGCAAAAAUAUUCAGUUCAAAUGAUAUUGAAGGGAACACAAAAAGGGUUGCUGGGACAUAGUAAGCUCUUCCUUAAGUACAUCCUACUGCAAGUUAACCAAAUACCAGACAGAAGUUUACUUUUUUUUCUGUAUAUUUUCACAGUGGGUAUAUGGCUCCAGAGUAUGCAUCAGAGGGCCUCUUCUCGAUCAAGUCUGAUGUAUUCAGCUUUGGUGUUCUGAUUCUCGAGAUCAUCCAUGGAAAAAGGAACUCGUCUUUCCAUAAAAAUGGGGACUUCUUCAACCUUCUUGGAUAUGUAAGUAUUUUCUGUAUCCCAUAUGUAAAAUUACUCUGUUUAUCUGAUGACCUUUAUCUAAUAUGUGUCUAAACUCCUUCAAGGCAUGGAAGUUGUGGAAAGAAGAAAGAUGGCUUGAGUUCAUU